AUGCGCCCCCGCGCCGCCCCCCGCGCCGCCGCCGCGCUCGGGUUCUGCAGCCUCCUGCUGCUGCUCGGGCCGGGGCACGCGUGCCCCGCGGGCUGCACCUGCACCGACCCGCACACCGUGGACUGCCGCGACCGCGGGCUGCCCAGCGUGCCCGACCCCUUCCCCCUGGACGUGCGCAAGCUGCUGGUGGCCGGCAACCGCAUCCAACACAUCCCCGAGGACUUCUUCAUUUUCUACGGCGACCUGGUCUACCUGGACUUCAGGAACAACUCGCUGCGCUCGCUGGAGGAGGGCACGUUCAGCGGCUCGGCCAAGCUCGCCUUCCUCGACCUCAGCUACAACAACCUGACCCAGCUGGGCGCCGGCGCCUUCCGCUCCGCCGGGAGGCUGGUCAGGCUGAGCCUGGCCAACAACAACCUGGCGGGCGUGCACGAGGCCGCCUUUGAGACCCUGGAGUCGCUGCAGGUGCUGGAACUCAACGGCAACAACCUGCGCAGCCUCAGCGUGGCCGCCCUGGCCGCGCUGCCCGCGCUGCGCACUCUGCGCCUGGACGGGAACCCCUGGCUCUGCGACUGCGACUUCGCCCACCUCUUCUCUUGGAUCCAGGAGAACGCGUCCAAGCUGCCCAAAGGCCUUGACGAAAUCCAGUGCUCCCUGCCCGUGGAGAACAGGAGGGUGUUCCUGCACGAGCUGUCGGAGGCCAGCUUCAGCGAGUGCAGGUUCAGCCUCUCGCUCACAGACCUCUUCAUCAUCAUCUUCUCCGGCGUGGCCGUGUCCAUCGCUGCCAUCAUCUCCAGCUUCUUUCUGGCCACCGUGGUGCAGUGCUUCCAGAGGUGCACCCCCAACAAAGACCCCGAGGACGAAGACGAGGAUGAGGAUGACUGA